GAUGGGACCAGAGGGGUUAAAUAAUACCUACAUACAUGUUAAACAGGUUUCCCUACUGGAUAUUGUAGUUCUGGUAACUUGGAAACAUUGAACAAUAGAUGAUACCAAUGUUAACUUAGGUUUGACCUCCAACGGGCCAUGUGCAAUGUCCAUCAUACCUUGACCUUCCCAUGACACCCCGGCUUAGGCUAGACGUUCGUGCUGUUACCUGUGUGUCCCUGCCCUGGCCGAAUCUGAAUAUGAUCGAGGAUCCCGAUUCACUCUUGGAUUUCUCCUAAAACCUUUAGCACUAGAAUCGAUCCUCGGUCCUCUCAUACCAUCCAGUCGCUCAUUAUUUGCAAAACUACAUUCCUUCCAUUUCCUUUCUCUUUGUCGUGGCCGUUUCCGUGAUCACGACGAUAACCUGUGGGACCUACGCAGAGCGAUAAGGCCAUCAAACUUCUACAUCAUCGAUCGAUUUCCUUGAUUUUUAAUUCAUGCAAAGCACAAAAAAAACAGCGUUUCGAGCCCUGGCGAUUCUGAAGUACGAGCUAACUAGUGCAUACCGACCCUAUUGGACGAAUAAUAAUACGGCAUUUCGAUUUUUUUUUAUGAGAAGCGGUGGACGAAUACCAAAAGCAUAGUUGGCAUAUUAUAGCAUUGUAUGCAUUAUACGCACGCAUUAUAGCUAGGAAAGAGGGAAGAAAAAGAAGUUUAAAAAGUUGAGACAAGGACGAGGGAAGAAGGACGAGAUGGAAUCGAAUUCUAAAUCCGAGGCAAUCGAAGCCUCUAAUGGUAAUGGUACAGCAUCAGCAACAAUUGACCCAUGCGCGUCCUCCCUUUUACCUUCUCCAACCACCAAUUCCAAUUCUAUUCCCGCUCCCACUAUCGCGUCCACAAAUCCGACAAAUUCUUCUACACCCUCUAAACAACACAAUAUUCUUCUACACGCACACCGACAAAGUCAUAAUUCCUCUAAACUCCCCGCCUUUCGCUUUGCCGAUCGGAAAAAAGAAUCCAUACAAUUGCCUUCGCUUCUGCAAAGCCACCACAUUCCACCCUCGCCUGUCUCACCUGAUCCGGAGCAAUACACCGAAGCGCAAUCAGCGCAACCAGUGCAACCAGUACAACCUGCGCAGCCAAACGCCGUCCAGGAUUCAACCCCACCAGUCGCACAUAAUCAUCGCAAUACUGGUCAUACUAUUGGUAACGAUACUGACUCUGUCUCACCCAAACAAUUGCCAAAAGACGUAUCGAGCCCUCUCAGGUCUCCCAGGUCUCGGGCAUCCACCUUCCAAUCCCCCACUGCCCUAUUGACUGCCACAUCGACAUCAUCCCACAACGUAAAAAGAUCCGCUUCCUUGGACUCUACUGCUACUGCCGCUGCCACGACUGCUGCUACUGCCAAUAACAAACUUACCUCUAGUGCGAUCAGCGGCAAGUCGCCCACCGAUUCGGCAGUCACCAUCAUCACUGCACGACGACCCCGUCAUAAACGUGCCCUUGUCGUGGGCGGUUCGAUAAACGGGACUGCGUCGUCUCAGCGAAUGCAUGCGACUGAUGAUAGUCAAACUGCGAUAUCAGGAGAAGAGAUAAGUAAGGGGCCAGCGCACGGGCAGCGGGAACUAUUGCUGCCAAAGACCAUUCAGAAAACAGCAGCGACAGAUGAAAGGAGGAGCUCUAUGGUGAGAAGACCACCUGUAUCUUACAAACCGCCUGCGAGUUCCAAUAAUUCAGGCGGAACCACAUCUAUCCCACCUAUUCGAUCAUUCCGAUCUUCCGGCGAACGACGGAGUCUUGUACUCGACAUGAAUGUCCGCAACGCUCGUCCCUACGAUGGGGGCGAUGACUACGGUGAUUCAAAUCAUCGCGACAGAACAUUGCGUGCAUUAGAAGGAAGGCGUUACGAAGAUGCAUCGCAAAUAACACCGCCUGACUCAGCAGGAGAUCGUCCAGAUGGUGAUGAUAGCGGAGAUCUAUUUCUAAAGAUUGCUCGGGAGGACUCUUUACGACGCGGUGCAAAUAGGAAUGGAAACUAUGGGGACAAUCAAAGCGCCCUGUCUCGCGUCUCCCGAAGUAGUCGGCGACCUCUCUCCAUGGGGGUUUCUUCAUACCAACCAUCGUCACCUCCCCAGAUGACGCGACGCUUAUCCGACCAGGAAAGUUCCCGGUCAAGAGGUCCUAGUGAUGAUCAAUCAGGGGAGAGAAUUGCUCGUACUCUGACGUACAGAGGAGCCGUCAGGGACAGAUCUUCUGAGGAGGCUAAACCUAAAAGCACUAGCACUCCCUUUCGUGCUUCUCCAUUGACGCCGCGAUCGUUGACCUUCCAAGAUGCACCCUCUGAGCAAGGCUCCGCUUACAACAGAAGGAAAGGCUCUGUCGACAAUGGCAGUGGCGCCCCGUCUCGCAUAUCAUCUCUAAAACAAUCUAAUGUCAACUACAGCCACCCUCGUACCUACAGCUCCUCGCCUCUCGUACCAAAGCCAGCAGAAUCUCAAAAACACGAUUCCCAUGCAGAUGAUGUUAAUCAUGGUGUUGAAGGGACAAAUUCUACCACAUCGACUGCCGCCCCGUCCACAGUAUGGGAUGAGCUCGAUGAUCUCAAGUCCCGCAUCCACCGUCUAGAACUAACUGGCAAACUUCCUCCAACUUCAGGCGCCGCCAUGUCGCGGGCAUACGAGGAGCGACCACCCACAGCCCACACUAACGCCACGACCCUCUCUGCCUCCCCCAAACGUGGCUCCGGAAAUGCUGUGCAACCACCAGAAACGAAUACCACGCAGAGAGAGGCUCAUCCACUACUCCACUCGGCGUUGACUAAAUCAAAAGAUUUUCUUAGUAGGGAAGUCUUUGAAGCCCUAGAAACAGCUGCCAAUGAUGCUCUAGCCCUCUCCCUAAUGAUGGGCAUGCCUGGUCAGCCAGGCCCUAUUGCCAGUGGUGCAAGUAGUAUUGGUAGUGGUACCACCGUCACCGACCGCCAGCUCAGACGAAAGGCAGAUAGUAUUUGCCGCAGUCUUACAGAGCUAUGCUUGGCCCUUAGUGAGGGGGUAGCACGAGGCAAGGCACAGCAAGUGACUACGCAGCAAGUUACCGUGCCAGCGCCGGAGAACCCCCCGGCCAGCCCUACCAUUACAAAAUUCUCGGGGAUGGCCGCCGAAAGGCGGCCCAGUGUUGCAGAUCGCACGAUCACAGUUAACAUGAGCCCGAGAGCCUUGUCCCGCUAUGAGGAUAGGCGAAGUAAUACGAGUAGUUCACUUGCAGGGAGCUCGCUAGCGGCCCCACGAUAUAACACCACUUACAGUUCUACUGCGCCACCUACACCAACCGAUACCACUGCAGCGAUUGCAGCUGGGCGAAAGACUGCACUGCUGAUAUCUCGGAGUCGUCGAGCCGGGACGGAAGAACCGGAGGAAGGGCGUAAGUCAUCUUUACUACGAACUCGGCGCGCUACAACAGAGGAGCCAGAAGACUUCUCUGACCGCAAGCCACCGGUGGUUGUCAGGGGUCGUCGUGGAACGCUAAACAACAGAGAUGAUGAAGGUCGUUUUCUCCCGCCCCCUCGCGCCAUUACCGAAGUCCAAGGAAGCCGAUCCGGAACAGGUCGCGAGUACAGCUCACAAUUACCUGCGGCUCCGUCAAGAGAACAAGAGGCUCUGGCGUCUUCGGCUUUACCUCGACGACGAUUCGGAUCCUCGGCACUCAAUACCAAAUUAGUCAUACCAGCAACUACGUCGACCAGUCUUACAACACCAUCCCGUCGUUACUUUGAUCGAACAACGCCGGACCGUGAGAUAUAUAACGUGGCAGAAAGGAUUGUUGAAGAAAGACCUCCUCCGCGGCAAUACGCAAUAGCUCGUGCUCGACACGGUAGUAUCGACAAGCGAACGAACCGGACAGGUUUGGUUGCAAGCUCUCCCGUGAGCAGCAAUUAUCGAUAAGGCCACGAGGAGGAUCACGACAGGCUCAUGACAUUUGUAAUUAUAGAAGGUCGUUUGGGCGAAGGCAUUUCCCCCUCG